UGUUAGCCUGUGAGCUAAUAUGAACCGAACUACUUUCACUUUAUGCAAACAGGAGUUCCCUCUUGGGAUGAGCGGGGUUUCCUCGAAAACGAAACUAGAGUCUGUGGUUGUUCCUCCUAUUAUCGCCUCAGACGCCAUUUAGCUCGUAGAUGUUGCUAUUUAACAACCUCCCGGAGCGAAAUUGACAACUUUUAUCCGAAAGUUUUCACCUGGUUAGUGCGAACCGUCAAACUAGCUGCUAGCUGCUAGCUGUUAGCUGAUAGCGGCUAGCAUGGACACCAUGCAGAGCAGCGAGGAGAGAGGAGCUGAGAAAGUAAUGGAUGACUAUUUGAAAUCCUUGGGCUACCAGCGGAAGAAGAUAGCGAAGGACGGGUCCUGCUUGUUCCGGGCUGUCGCCGAGCAGGUGCUGCACUGUCAGAGCCUCCACACGAAAGUUCGAGCCCAGUGUGUUGAGUUCCUGAAGCAGAACAGAGACAGCUACGAGGCCUUCAUCGAGGGCGACUUUGAGGAGUAUCUGUUCAAGCUGCAGGACCCGCAGCAGUGGGUGGGCGAGGUGGAGAUCAACGCUCUGGCUGUCAUGUACAAGAGGGACUUUUUGAUCUUCCAGGAGCCCGGCAAACCGGCCGUCAACAUCACCGACAACAGCUUCAAGGACAAGGUGAUGUUGUGUUUCCUGAACGGGAAUCACUACGACAGCGUUUACCCCAUCAGCCACAUUAAGAACGCAGCUCUGUGCCAGUCCAUGCUGUACGAGCUGCUCUAUGAAGGGGUGUUUAAGGUGGACCGGGGCACGUUGAGUCGGACCGGCCGAUCUCCCCACAGCCUGAUUGACGACAGCAUGGCCGCCUGCGCCAGCAGUGACGAGUCCGACCUGGAAACCUGCGAAGCGCUUAGGGUGGAAAAUGGAACGAGUUCGACUUCUACGAGGUCCAACGGCCACAGCUACAGGGGUCGCGGUCGCGGCCGGCAGCUCCCCGAGAGGGUGAAGAGAUCCCUGAACCCAAAUCUGCUCAGAAAUGUGGAGUAUGACGUCUGGAUCAAGAGCAAGAAAGCCCAACAGAAGAUGGACUACUGUAUCGCUGCUGGGAUGCAUUUUACUGUGGGAGAUCACUGCCAGGUACAACUCGACAGCGGUGGGCGGAGCUACAACGCCACCAUCAAGGAAGUGGCGCCCAAUAACGGCCCAGUUACAGUUUAUAUAGAAGAGCUGGGCAGGAAGCAGGUUCCUCUGUGGACACUCCGUCCUCCUGGUGGGGAGGGGAACUGGACGGCUGUGGUCAACAGAGACAAGAGACUCAGCAACGGCCAUGGAGAGUGGGAGGAGAGGGGGAAGGGGAGAGGACGGGGCAAGUCCGUCCAGACCGCGGCGUCCUCCUCCUCCUCCUCCUCCUCCUCCUCCGUUUCCCAGGCGACGGGGGCGGGGUCUGGCGGCCGCAUGCUGAAGCAACACUCAUGGCCGCCGCAGGCCGCCUCCUCCACCUCCACCGCCGCCUCCGCCUCCGCCUCCUCCGAGGAGAAAACCAGCAGGAAGUCGGCCUUCGGUCUGACGGAGGAGCAGCGACUGGCCAAAGAGGAGGAGGAGAGGAACGUGGCCCUGGUGGAGAUCCAGCUCAGAGACGAGUUAAGCUUCCCGGCUCUGGGGGCGGAAGGAGGGAAGAAGAAGGGAGGAGGAGAGAAGAAGAGGUCUCAGAGGAACAAGACGAAGAGUCCAGUUGAGGACGUCCAAGUGUCGUCUCCGUCUCCUGGAGACAAACCGUCCUCCUCCUCCUCGCCUCCUCCAACUGUCACUGCUGCUCCUUCUGCACCAACAGCUACAACCUCCAGACCUCCUGCUGCUCCAUCCCCAGACAAGAGCACCAACAUGGCCGCCAACAUGGCCACCAACACGAGCACCAACGCAAGCACCAACAUGGCCGCCAACAUGGCCGCCAACAAGAGCACCAACAUGGCCGCCAACAUGGCCGCCAACAUGGCCGCCAACAAGAGCACCAACAUGGCCGCCAACAUGGCCGCCAACACGAGCACCAAUGUUGCCUCCAGCGUGGGCGCCAACAUGGCCGCCACAUUGUCAACUCCAUCCUACGCCUCAGCGGUUGCUCCACCGACUUCCUCCCCUCCUCCUCCCCUUCCUCACCCCAUCCCACCUUCCUCCACCGCCUUCACCUUCGUCUCGGCUGUCCUCCCUCCUGCUACUCCUCCCGUCUCCUCUUCUUCCUCCUCCUCCUCCUCUACUAAACUUCCUGCUGCCUCCACUCCACCUCUUCCCCCUCCCACCUUCAUCGCUCCCAUCGCUCCGUCUCCCACCGCUGCACAGGGCUUCACCCGGAUCUCUCCACCCAUCUCCCACUCCCCGAGUCCACCACCACCACAACCCUCCUCCUCCUCCUCGUCUCUCGUUCGUCCAGCUGUCCAAGAAGCUCCGCACACUCCCACACAAAAUUCUUUGCCAAAUAGUCUUUCAGCACCUCAGUUGCUCCAGACGUCUCUGCCCCAGAACCAGAACCAGGACCAGGACCAGAUCCAAGUCCAAAACUCUGUCUCCCAGUCUGAGAAACAAGCUCCGCCCUCUUUACCUCCCACCCAAAGUCAGGCCACUCCUCCACAAGUCCUGACCGGCGUUGAAUCCCACCUCCAGCCCCAGUCUGGGGCAACCCACGUUCAGCCCCCUCAACCCCAGGAAGCUGCCUACCCUCACCCCUCCCUGGGCCCCCAUACUCACCCCAGCAUGCUGCCUCCUCACCCCUCCCAAGUCCCACUUCCUGCCUCCCUUUCUCAAUCCACCACUCCAACUCAUCCCUCUCUCCAAUCCGACAACACCCAGAAUCCGACGGGAACGCCUCCCCCGCCUCCUCACCCUCCUCACCCCCCUCACCCUCAGUCCCUCCCCGGAACAAUCCCCCUGCACCAGCUGACCCAGCUCUACCAGGACCCUCUUUACCCCGGGUUCCCGCAGGGACCAAAGGGCGAGCCCGCCCCGACGCCAGCUUUCUCAUCCAGCUCUUCAGGGGACGACCUCCCCCGAGACAUCAACAUCCUGAGGUUUUUCUUCAACUUGGGUAUCAAAGCCUACUGCAUGCCCAUGUUUGUCCCCUACAUGUACCUCUUCCCCCUGCAGCAGGCCCACACCUUGCACCCCAAGCCCACCUCCCGUUCCCCUUCCCCCCACUACCCUCCCCCAAGCGUCCCUGCCAGGCUCGGUGAGUCUUACCCGCCCCCCCAGUGCCCUCCGGCCUCAGCGCCCCCUCAGUAUGAGGCCCAGCUUGCCGAGGCCCCCCGUCCCAGCGAACCCUGCGUAAACCAGGCCGGUCCCCACGGGGUCAACCAGCCUCGUCCUCCUCCUCCUCCUCACAGGAUGCCCGUACCCCCGGUGGCGUUGCAGCAGAUGCCCCCACCCAGAAACCCGACCUUCUCUGCUGGGUAUCCCACCCCUACUCCUCCACCCUAUCCGGUGCCCCCACCCUCAACUCAGGGUUACCACCCAAGUCAGAGCUCAGGACACCCGCUGUACCCCCCGUUCUCUGCGUCCUCUAUGGGGUAUCGCUCGUCAUCCACCCCCGAAGACGUCGGCCAGGGCCCCAUGGAGCGGAUUCACCCCAUGGACAGCGACACAAUCCUGGGUCACAUCCGAGUCCCCGGCCGUGUGGAGAGUCCCGCUGCUGCUAAUGUAGCUAAUGCUAACAACAACAGAAUGAUGAUGUUUCCACCCAGUUAUGGCCACCACAAGGACACCGGUGAGAGUUUGACCCGAACAGUUCUUCUGGUCGAUCCCCCACUCAACAACACACCUAUACUUGCUGUAGUUUCAGAUCCGGAUGUUAAGGACGUCCCGGGUUCUCUUGCGGCCAUGAAGUCCGGCAGCAACAACUUGAGCCCCGGGUCUCCAUACCGGGGCCACCGGAAACCGUUCAAAACCACCAAACCCUACCCUCCAUCGGGCUACGUCACAGAGCCGCUGUCUGUGGGCUGCAGCACUGAGGACGACUGGGAGGAAGGGGAGGGAUACAAACCCACAACCCUUCACCACGGCGGAGGGCAGAGGAAGAACUACAGAGGAGGUGGAUCGAGAGGGAGGGGGGGCUAUGAUUCAAGGAGGGGGGCGGGAGGAUACAGAAGGAGGCAGGGAGGAGGAGGAGAUAUGGGGGCGGGGCAUAACUAUGUCCAGUUUAGCUCCUCCUAUGUAGGGCGGGGCCAUGACAGAGGAUACUAGCUACUCGGCUGAAGGGGGCGUAGUGUUUUUUCUUAUUUUUUUUCUUUCGAGUUAGCAGGACUGGCGGUCAUAUUGCACGGCAACUUCCGAAACUCCAGGUUGUGCGUUUUGAGCUCGCUACCAUCUUCGUUGUGGGAAAAACACAAACACUAUCUUUGUUUUUUUCUUUUUCGUUUCCAUUUCUUCAGCGCCUUAGCAUUAGCAUCGACAAGCACAAGUGAACACUUGUAAAGAGUUAAGACUUCUGAGCUCAUGUACUCGUGGGAGGUUCUAAACUAAAAAUGUUUACACAUUGUUGGAUACAAAUGCUGAUUAGUGACUAGCUUAGCUUAGCACAAGGACUGAAAACUGUGAUAAAGCAUCCCAGCUAGCUUAGCAUAAAGCAAAUCAUAAAUUGAACAGCUCCAGUGUGGUUUAGAGGUUUAGAGGUGUUUGUAGUCUGUUAGCUAUAUGCAGUCUAGAACGUCUCUAUGCUAAGCUAAGCUAUCAGUCUUCUGCUGGUAGCUUCAUUUUUAGCAUGGAAAAAAAAGCGCAAGAAAUCAAAUAAUUCCCCAAAGCAUUUCCUUUUUAUUGGAGGUGAAAUUACAGAUUUUGUUGGAGCACUUGAAUGCAGCAUAAAAGCUUAGCAUCUUAGCAUGUCCACUUAGCAUCAGCUCUGAAUGUAUAACAGCUAAACAGCUUCAACCAAAUACAGCGAGCACUUCCUGUUAGCACUAGUUAGCUUCAAAGCAAGUAAGCAACAGGAAAUCUGAUGUAAAAAUGUCAAUAUGCUGCUAAAAAUGUGGUGUCGUCGUGUUUUUGUUUUGUUUUUAUUGUGGUUUGUGUUUGUCAUGAUGCUGCUGAUUGUUUCACAUCCUUUGGGUUGUUGUGUUUUUUUUUUCUUCCUGCCUUUCACUUUUGAUCAACCUCAGUAGAGAUUCAGUGCCUUAUUUUUUCUCACUCUUACUGUCUGAGAAACGCUGCUGUACAGAACACACAAAAAACAAACUUGCUGUUUGUUGUUGAUUUUUCUAUGUGGUUGAAUAAAUAAAACUUUGGUUUAGAUGCUGA